UAUUAGGCUAACGUAGCGUACAUCAGUCAGUCGCUCAGGCAAAACAAAAAUUUUUUCGCGACAAAUUUCCAAUCGAAAACAAAACUGCAAAAUAGUUCCGUAAACGCAGUGAUUUUGUGGCAUAAUACGUAGUUAAAUAUCUAACGGAUAAAUCUUAACCAGUGCUUAGACAUGGCCAUUUCGCAAUCCGCUCUUCGGAACCAGCUUGCCGCCCUAACAAACUUUUCCGGAAUACACAAGGAGCAAGCCGACAAGUAUCGGGGACUGCUGGACCAGAUUCUGCUUAAUACCGGGAAUGAGUUGGUGGACACCCUAAAACUCUUUAUUGAAGCAAUUGUGAACGAACAUGUCAGUUUGGUUAUCUCCCGGCAAAUCCUGUCCGACGUUAGCACCCAUCUAGCCAAACUCCCGGACGACAUCUCGAAGGCGGUGUCGCAUUUCACACUGGACAAGGUGCAGCCCCGUGUGAUUUCCUUCGAGGAACAGGUGGCUUCGAUCCGGCAGCAUCUAGCUGGGAUCUACGAACGUAACCAGAACUGGAAGGAAGCCGCCAACGUACUCGGCGGGAUUCCGCUCGAGACCGGUCAAAAACCAUACUCAUUGGACUACAAAUUGGAAACGUAUCUCAAAAUCGCGCGCCUAUACCUGGAGGACGAGGAUCCGGUGCAGGCGGAAGCCUUCAUCAACCGUGCGUCCAUCCUUCAGGCGGACACGAAGGACGAAAAGCUGCAAAUUCUCUACAAGGUCUGCUACGCUCGUGUUCUUGACUACCGCCGGAAGUUCAUUGAAGCUGCCCAACGGUACAACGAGCUAUCCUACCGUACCAUCGUCGACGAAGGCGAACGUAUGACUGCUUUGAAGAAAGCACUAAUUUGCACUGUGUUGGCAUCCGCUGGCCAGCAAAGAUCUCGUAUGUUAGCCACACUGUUCAAGGAUGAACGCUGCCAGCACCUUCCGGCUUACUCUAUCUUGGAAAAGAUGUACCUGGAUCGAAUUAUUCGUCGGUCGGAGCUGCAGGACUUCGAAGCGCUGCUCCAAGCUCACCAGAAGGCAAGCACUGUGGAUGGCUCCACUAUACUAGAUCGCGCCGUUUUCGAGCACAAUCUGCUAUCGGCCAGCAAGCUGUACAACAACAUCACCUUCGAUGAGUUGGGCUCCUUGCUGGAAAUUCCCCCGAAUAAGGCUGAACGCAUUGCCAGCCAGAUGAUUACCGAGGGUCGUAUGAAUGGCUACAUUGACCAAAUCGAUGGAGUGGUCCACUUUGAAACUCGCGAAAUUUUGCCCCAAUGGGACAAGCAAAUCCAAAGCUUGUGCUACCAGGUGAAUGGAUUGAUUGAAAAGAUUAGCGCUGCCGAACCCGAAUGGAUCACGAAGGUAAUGGAUGAAGAAAUGUGCACCUAAGGCGUCAGAGAGUUACGAUACGAAUACGAUUUUUAAAGAAUCCGGAAUCACCUGUAAGCGUUUGAUACGAAUAAUAACUUGAAGUGUAAUCUGUU